GAAAAAGCUGACACUGCUGAGGGAGAUGCUGGCAGGCUGCGGCGCAGGUACCUGCCAGGUGAUUGUCACCACUCCCAUGGAGAUGCUCAAAAUCCAGCUGCAGGAUGCGGGUCGAAUUGCGGCACAGAAGAAGCUGAUGGCGGCACAGGCCCAGCUCUCCCCUUCCUCUGCGGCAGGGGCGGUGGAGCCAGCCGUGGAGACGCGCACCACAGCGACACAGAUAACGCGGGAGCUGCUGCGGAGCAAGGGCAUCGCGGGACUCUACAAGGGCCUGGGAGCCACGCUGCUAAGAGAUGUCCCGUUCUCCAUCGUGUACUUCCCGCUGUUUGCAAACCUGAACAAGCUGGGCCAGAAGGAUCCCAACAUCAAGGCUCCGUUUUAUGUGUCCUUCCUCUCCGGAUGUGUGGCUGGCAGUACGGCCGCGGUGGCUGUCAAUCCCUGCGAUGUGAUCAAAACGCGGCUGCAGUCCUUGCAGAGAGGAGUGAACGAGGACACCUACUCGGGAAUCCUGGACUGCACCAAGAAGAUCUGGCAGAAGGAAGGGCCCAUGGCCUUCCUGAAAGGGGCAUACUGCCGCGCCCUGGUCAUCGCUCCUCUCUUCGGCAUCGCACAAGUCGUCUACUUCAUCGGCAUCGCCGAGUUCCUGCUGGACAUGCUCCCCAAGCACCGGGACUAG